AUGCGCGCUUGCAAGUACACCCUCGGUACCUUCUGGAAGGAGAUGUUGUUCUACCUCACCCAAGCGCUCUACCAGCGUUGGAACGGCUAUACCGGUACAAGUCUUUACGAGCCAUGGAGUUUGUCCAUGUUCAACACUCUCUUCACAUCGCUCGCUGUGAUUUUCCUCGGCAUCUUCACCAAGGAUCUCGCGGCCCCAACCCUCCUAGCCGUACCGGAGUUGUACACCAAAGGCCAAAAGCACGGCGGCUUCAACAUAUGGCUCUACCUAGGCUGGUCCUUCAUGGCAACCUGUGAAGCAGUCAUCAUUUUCUUCACAAUGUGGUCACUCUACGGUCUCGCCCGCGUGAAUCCAAGUGGCAACGACAUCUUCUCACUGGGUCUAAUGACUUUCUCCGCCUGCAUCAUCGUCAUCAACGUCAAACUCCAAGCCCUGGAAGUCCAUAACAAAACCUACAUGUCCCUGGCAGUCAUCAUCAUCUCCGUAGGCGGCUGGUUCGUCUGGGACAUGAUCCUCGACCGCGAAUACACAAUGUCAUCCGGCAAAGGCGUGUACUUUGUACCCGGAAACUUCCUCCACCACAGCGGCCACAACCUCCUCUUCUGGGUCGUUCUCCUCCUCUCCGUGACAGCAGUCCUCCUCUUCGAGUUCACCGUCUCCACCCUCCGAGCCCUCUUCUUCCCCACAGACGUCGACAUCUUCCAAGAAUACGAACAAGAUCUCGACAUCCGCAAACGCUUCGAAGAAGCCGCCGCCUCAGAACUGCAACAGGGCUGGGACCACGGAUCCAAGAAAAGCAGUUUCGAGCUCGCCCGCGAAAAGGAAGAGAUCGCCGAACUCGAUGCUCGCGAACGCCAGGUCCGUGAACUUCUCGCUCGUCCUCGCGUUAUGGAUAAGCCCCAUGCCGUGGAACACGAAAUGGAUGGGUAUACCAGCGCCAGCGCGACAGCCAGUCAUAAUGGAAGUGUUGCGCGCCCGGAACCCGAGAGACGACCAUCUCUUGAAAUCCAGGAACUGUUCAGUCAGGGCUUUGGAACUGUGCGCAAGGGCCAGCUUAAGUGA